AUGCUCAAAGCUUUUGCGGUGCUUUUUACUCAUGCUCACCAAAUGCCCAAAUGCCCGUUCAGAGGAAGUGCUCCCUCAAUUCAAUAUGAUAAUUCAAAUGACGAACAAAAAUGGCAAUUAAAAGAAGACACGACAAGAAUAGCUGCAGAAAACGGAAAUUUGGAAUUGUUAAAAUAUGCAUUUCAAAAAGGAUGUAAAUGGGAUGAAAAAACAACAGAAGCUGCUGCAAAUAAUGGUCAUUUAGAAUGUUUAAAAUAUGCUUAUGAAAAUGGUUGUAAAUGGAAUCAAUUCAAAAUUGCGACAAGUGCGAUUAGAAAGGGUCAUCUAAAAAUAUUAAAAUAUAUUCACAAAAAUGGAUACGAUUUUAAUCAAUUUAUAACUAACAUUGCUGCUGCUGGUAAUCUAAAAAUUUUUAAAUAUGUCCUUAAACAUGGAUAUCCUUGCAAUAAAGAUACAACUUAUACAGCUGUUUUUAAUAGAAAUCUGGAAAAUUUAAAAUAUUUACACGAAAAAGGAUGCCCAUGGGAUGAUAGAAUUACUUAUGAGGCCGCCAUUCAGGGUAAUUUACAUAUUUUAAAAUAUGCAUAUGAAAAUGGAUGUCCUUGGAAUGAAAGAACAACAGUAGCCUCUGCUUCUAUUGGUAAUUUAGAAUGUUUAAAAUAUGCAAUUGAAAAUGGUUGUAAAUGUCAUAAACAUACAACUACUGAGGCAGCCAAAAGAGGUGAUUUAAAAAUAUUAAAAUAUGCACAUGAAAAUGAAUGUCCUUGGGAUGAAAGCACAACAGAAGCAGCUGCUUUAAGCGGUAAUUUAGAAUGUUUAAAAUAUGCUUUUGAAAAUGGCUGUGAAUGGGAUAAACGUACACCUACUGCAGCUGCCAGAAGAGGUUAUUUAAAAAUAUUAAAAUAUGCACAUGAAAAUGAAUGUCCUUGGGAUGAAAGCACAACAAAAGAAGCUGUUUUUAACGGAAAUUUAGAAUGUUUAAAAUAUGCUAUUGAAAAUGGCUGUAAAUGGGAUAAACGAACACCUAUUGCAGCUGCCAGUAGUGGUGAUUUAAAAAUAUUAAAAUUUGCACAUGAAAAUGAAUAUCCUUGGGAUGAAAGCACAACAGAAGCAGCUGCUUUAAGCGGUAAUUUAGAAUGUUUAGAAUAUGCUUAUGAAAAUGGCUGUAAAUGGAAUGAACGUACAUCUACUGCAGCUGCCAAAAGAGGUUAUUUAACAAUAUUAAAAUAUGUACAUGAAAAUGAAUGUCCUUGGGAUGAAAGCACAACAGAAGCAGCUGCUUUAAGCGGUAAUUUAGUAUGUUUAAAAUAUGCUUUUGAAAAUGGCUGUAAAUGGGAUGAACGUACAGCUACUGCGGCUGCCAGAAUAGGUUAUUUAAAAAUAUUAAAAUAUGCACAUGAAAAUGAUUGUCCUUGGGAUGAAAGCACAACAGAAGCAGCUGUUUUUAGCGGUAAUUUAGAAUGUUUAAAAUAUGCUUAUGAAAAUGGCUGUAAAUGGGAUAAACGUACAUCUACUGCGGCUGCCAGAAUAGGUGAUUUAAAUAUGUUAAUAUAUGCACAUGAAAAUGGUUGUCCGUGGGAUGAAAGCACAACAGAAGCAGCUGUUUUUAGCGGUAAUUUAGAAUGUUUAAAAUAUGCUUAUGAAAAUGGCUGUAAAUGGGAUGAACGUACAUCUACUGCGGCUGCCAGAAUAGGUGAUUUAAAUAUGUUAAUAUAUGCACAUGAAAAUGGUUGUCCGUGGGAUGAAAGCACAACAGAAGCAGCUGUUUUUAGCGGUAAUUUAGAAUGUUUAAAAUAUGCUUAUGAAAAUGGCUGUAAAUGGUAUGAAGGCACAACUCGAAUUGCUGCAGCAAGUGGCUAUUUGGACUUCUUGAAAUAUGCUCAUGAAAUGGAAUGUAUUUUUGACAAAGAUACUAUAGUUGCAGCAGCUUUGCAUGGUAAUUUAGAUUGUCUUAUAUAUGCCCGUAAACAUGGAUGUAAUUGGGUUGAAGGUACAAUGAGAGGGGCUGCAGCAAAUGGACAUUUACACUGCUUAAAAUAUGCCCGUGAAAAUGGGUGUUUGUGGGACGAGGGCACAACAAGGGAAGCAGCUGCGAAUAAUUAUAUUAACUGUUUGAUAUUUGCACAUAAUAAUGGGUGCAAAUGGGAUGUAGGAACUAUAAGUGGAGCUGCUGCAAAUGGAAAUUUAGACUGCCUAAAAUAUGUUCAUGAAAUUGAUUGUGAGUGGGACGAAGGUACAACAAGACUUGCUGCUGCAAAUGGUCAAUUUGGUUGCUUAAAAUAUGCUUAUGAAAAUAAUUGUUCAUGGAGUAGCGGUACCAUUUCUGAAGCUACUCGAAUGGGAUAUACUGAUAUAAUUAACUAUGCUACUGAAAAUGGCUGUCCUAAUUAAUGUUCUGUUGAGACAUCUUAAUUUUUAUUACAUUUAUUUAUGGCAAAUUAUUUUUGAAAAUAGUAACUGGAAUUAAUUUAUUGAAUAAGUAUAUUAUAUCUAAAAGUAACUAUAAAAAAAAAAUAAUAAAAAAUUCACAAUAUUUUUAGUUUUUGAUUAAUUUAAUAACAAAAGUGUUAUAUAAAUUUUUUGUUCUAAUAAUAAUGUUUAGUAAAAUCUCGAAAAGAGACAGCUAAGAGUAACAUAUA